AUGUACAACACGGUGGACGAAGAGUUAGACAGAUUAGAACGUGCCAACAUUAUUACGCCGGCUGAAUUCUCCAACUGGGCGGCCCCCAUCGUAGUGGUUCGCAAGGCCAACUGAACGAUACGUAUAUGCGGAGACUAUUCAACAGGCCUCGAUGAUGCUCUGCAGCCUCACCGUUAUCCUCUGCCAUUACCGGAGGACAUUUUUGCAAAACUGGCCAACUGUACCGUGUUUAGCCAGAUCGAUCUGUCUGAUGCCUUCCUCCAGGUAGAAAUCGAAGAAGCCAGUCGAGAUCUGCUCACCAUCAACACCCAUCGUGGAUUAUACCGUUACAAUCGCCUGCCACCAGGCGUGAAAACUGCUCCGGGCGCGUUCCAGCAACUGAUGGACACCAUGUUGGCUGGCCUCCCAUGUACUUCUGGUUACCUCGAUGACGUUAUUAUUGGGGGAAAAGAUGAAGAAGAACAUGCACGGAACUUGCAUGCAGUUCUAGCCCGGAUUCAGGAGUAUGGGUUCACCGUCCGGCCAGAAAAGUGUACAUUCGCACAACUUCAGGUAAAAUACCUAAGUUUCCUGCUCGAUCGCAACGGACUCCGGCCAGAUCCAGCAAAAAUUCAGGCGAUUACCGACAUAGCUCCUCCUACCGACGUCUCCGGGGUACGUUCGUUCUUAGGAGCUGUGAAUUAUUAUGGAAAAUUUGUUCGUGGAAUGAGAUCUCUUCGCUUCCCUCUGGAUGAACUUCUCAAGGCUGGAACAAAGUUUUGUUGGACACCAGAAUGCCAAAGGGCGUUCACAAAGUUUAAGGAAAUUUUAUCAUCGGAUUUACUCCUCACGCAUUACAACCCAAAGCUUGAUAUUAUCGUAUCGGCAGAUGCUUCCUCUGUCGGUGUUGGUGCCACCAUUAGCCACAAAUUUCCGGAUGGAACGAUGAAGGUUGUUCAGCAUGCCUCACGAGCACUUACGCCAGCCGAGAAGAACUACAGUCAACCCGAUCGUGAAGGCCUCGCCAUUAUAUUUGCGGUGACCAAAUUUCAUCGUAUGCUGUUUGGGCGCCGAUUCCUUUUGCAAACCGAUCAUGCGCCUCUUGUGCGAAUAUUCGGGUCAAGAAAGGGGAUUCCGGUCUACACGUCAAAUCGCCUGCAGCGUUGGGCGCUAACCCUAUUGCUGUAUGACUUCGUACAGGAAGCCACUCAAUCAGAUCCUAUCAUCAAGAAAGUGUACCGAUACUUAAACGAAGGCUGGCCAGAUUUGAAGCAAGUCACAGAUCCGGAGAUAAAAAGAUUUUACGACCGCCAAGAAUCUCUUACCACAGUUCAAGGUUGCAUUCUAUUCGGUGAGCGCCUGGUCAUUCCGUCACCGCUCCGCCGACGCUGUUUCGGUCAGCUCCAUCGUGGCCAUCCUGGUAUACAACGUAUGAAAGCUAUUGCCCGUUCGUACGUUUAUUGGCCGUCUUUGGACAAGGACAUCGUGGACCAUGUAAAGUCUUGUCGUCAUUGCGCCUCCACUGCGAAGUCACCAUCAAAGCUAGCUCCGGUACUGUGGCCACGUUCGACCAAACCAUGGUAA